AUGGCACUAUCGUUCCAGUUGGUUGGUAGGCUUAACUUUGGGGUGAACAACAUGACUCUGAAACUUGGAGGCACAAAUGGUGAAGACUACAUGUUUGGUAAGUUCAUUUCCGAUCUACCAGAAAAUAUCUGCCCAAUUUCUAUAAUUGAUGCAUUUAAAGCAACACUUUUGCUGACUUAUCUAUCUACAGGUAUAAAAAGUAAUGAGCCGGGUCUAGUGGUGGAAUUGGGAAAGUCUAAGAGAAAUGGCAGGAGGAGUAGUACUACCUUAGCUGCUCAUUCCAGGAAAGAAGACCUGGUAAGUGAAUUCCCACCCCUAGUUAGUGCAUUAAAGGCUUCUGCUGAGCAAGAUGUUGCCUGUUUUCAUUUCCCCGGGCAUAACAGAGGUCGUGCUGCACCAUCAUCGUUAAGUAAGCUCAUUGGCGUUGGACCAUUCCUCCAUGACUUGCCUGAGCUUCCGGAGCUGGACAAUCUCUUUGCUCCACAGGGUCCAAUUCUAGAAGCACAGCAAAAGGCAGCCCAAUUAUUUGGAUCAUCCGAGACAUGGUUUCUGGUAGGGGGUACGACUUGUGGAAUACAAGCAGCUAUCAUGUCGACUUGCUCCCCUGGGGAAACCUUAAUUCUUCCAAGGAAUUCACAUCUAUCUGCUAUAUCUGCAAUGGUAUUAUCAGGCGCAUUGCCAAAGUAUAUAAUUCCAGAUUAUGAUUGUGAUUGGGACAUUGCUGGAGGAAUAACUCCAUUUCAGGUGGAGAAAACAAUCAAUGAACUUAAAGCUGAAGGUAGAAGGGCUUCAGCAGUUUUAGUAAUUUCUCCAACAUACCAUGGUAUAUGCAGCAAAUUGAGUGAGAUUUCUCAUCUUUGCCAUUUGAAUGGGAUCCCAUUGAUUGUAGACGAGGCUCAUGGUGCUCACUUUGGAUUUCAUGACCAGUUUCCCAGUCCGGCCAUCCGCCAAGGUGCUGAUGUUACUGUACAAUCCACUCACAAGGUUUUGUGUUCACUUACGCAGUCUUCAAUGUUGCAUUUGUCGGGAAACUUAGUAGAUAGAGACAGAAUUAGCCGAUGCCUUCAGACUCUACAGAGCAGCAGCCCAAGUUAUCUUCUUUUAGCAUCUUUAGAUGCUGCCAGGGCUCAACUUAGUGAAAACCCUCAAACAAUUUUCGACGAGGCGGUAGAAAAGGCAGUUGAAACUAAGAGGUCUCUUAGUCGAAUUGCGGGUAUUGCUGUACUUGACUUCCCUAGUUUUGCCAAAUUUCCAUCUUUUGAUCCCCUGAGGCUUACUGUUGGCGUUUGGAAGCUAGGUCUUUCUGGUUAUCAAGCUGAUGAGAUCUUGUUUAGAGGUUAUGGGAUCGUUCCAGAGCUAUGUGGGACGCGAUCCCUUACUAUGGCGAUCAACUUGGGAACUUCAGAGGAUCAUGUCAGACGGCUGGUAUCAGGAUUGGAACAUCUCUCAUCAGAUCAUAGGUGGAUAGAAUGCAAUGAAAAGAAUGCGGAUGGCAUUGCUCAUGCGCCUUUUGAUGACAUAACAAUCAGUUUGAGUCCAAGAGAGGCGUUUUUCGCUAGGAAGAGGAAAGUGUCCGUCAAAGAAUGUUUGGGGAAAAUAUGCGGAGAGCUUAUAUGUCCUUAUCCACCUGGAAUUCCGGUGAUGAUUCCUGGCGAGGUCAUUACAGAGAAAGCAUUAUCCUAUCUUAUGCAGGUCAAAAACAUGGGUGCUGACAUUAGUGGUGCUGCAGACCCUUCUCUCAACCAUAUCAUGGUAUGUGAUUCCCUGUGAGUGAAUUUUAUUAAAGUGAAUAUCAGAAUAGAGGCAUUUCUUGUUAUACAAUUCAUUCUCUUCCAAUUUAUAUAAGCUUUCUA